CUGAAGCCAGAAAGCCCCCACCCCAAGGAGCUGAGGCGCCUCCUCCUCCUCCUCCUAUCUGAACAAGAGGGGACUCUGGAGGAAGCCAUUUCAACAGCUCACCAGGACCCUAGAGAAGAAGUGGCUCAAAACAACCAUUAGAAAGACGGAAGGACGGAGCCCCCUCUCAAGGAUGACGCUAAACACUCAGCAAGAAGCAAAGACCCCCCUGCGACGGCGAGCCAGCACUCCACUGCCCCUGUCCUCCCGCGGUCACCAGCCUGGCCUGCGCACAGCGCCCUCCACUUCCGCACAACCCCAACAUCCCCGUCUGGGCCACUCAGCCUCCCUCAACCCUCCCACCCGGCAACCUUCACCUGCCCCCAACGAUUGGUCCUCUGAAUCCAGCGACUCUGAAGGCUCCUGGGAGGCCCUCUACCGCGUGGUACUGCUUGGAGAUCCUGGCGUAGGGAAGACCAGCCUGGCCAGCCUCUUUGCAGGGAAGCAAGAGCGAGACCUCCAGGAACAGCUGGGAGAAGAUGUGUACGAGAGGACCCUCACGGUGGAUGGAGAGGACACCACGCUGGUGGUCAUGGACACCUGGGAGGCCGAGAAACUGGAUGAAAGCUGGAGCCAGGAGUCCUGCCUGCAGGUGGGCAGUGCCUAUGUCAUCGUGUACUCCAUCGCAGACAGAGGCAGCUUCGAGAGUGCCUCUGAGCUCCGCAUUCAGCUGCGGCGCACACAUCAGGCGGACCACGUGCCCAUCAUCCUGGUAGGCAACAAGGCAGACCUGGCACGCUGCCGAGAAGUCUCCGUGGAAGAGGGCCGCGCCUGCGCUGUGGUGUUCGACUGCAAGUUCAUCGAGACAUCAGCCACCUUGCAGCACAACGUGGCCGAGCUCUUCGAGGGCGUGGUGCGCCAACUGCGCUUGCGCCGCCGGGACAGCGCAGCCCGGGAGUCACCUGCGCCCCGACGGCGGGCGAGCUUCGGCCAGCGCGCUCGUCGCUUCCUGGCACGCCUGACAGCCCGCAGUGCCCGCCGCCGAGCACUCAAGGCCCGCUCCAAGUCCUGCCACAACCUGGCCGUGCUCUGAGACCGCC